UCAUCAUCUUCUUCUUCUUCCUCCGCCACAGCAAGUAAAAAGGUACCAAGUAGGUAUAUGAACAUUGUUCCUCAUUUCCUCGGUCCGGUUAGUCCCCACUGGCACCCAGCCAGCCAGCCUUGCGCCUCAUCCUUCGCCCACCAGCAACACCAAAACACCACCCACCAACAACAACAACCACAAACAACACCAACCGUUAACCUGACUGUAUCACCGUCUGUCCGCUGCAUCCACAUCUCCACCGUUGCUCCCGCUACCCUUACGACGCGUCAUGCUCUAGCUGCACGCCCAUGCACAUCACUUCUUCGCUCAUUCUCGCAUGGCAUUUGACGACAGCCGUUGAUUGAUUCUCUUGACUGCACCUCCAAUACCAUCAUUCUGCCUCGUCCGCUGCCGGCCUUCACUGACUAGUCUUUGCCUUUUUGCCUUCCGACUGACCUGCUCGCUCCGUGACAUCUUCACUGCACACUUCCAAGUCCGCCAAUGCCGGUAUUCAACUUCACUGGCCUCUAGGCCACGUCCCUUGGCUGUACUUGGUACUCCAUAAUAAAAUAAAGAACGACUUACGCUUCCCCCCUCUCAAUUCACCCGAAUUAACAGUAAACAACAAUCAACAAUCAAGUCCCUUUACAUACCACUCUGCCAAUGCCAUCCUUAUCCAUCUAUUCAUACCGUUCUUAUACAAGUACACUACAUAACCCAAGCCAAAAAAAACACCGAACUCCGUUAGUUUCCAACCUCCGCAGCCAGCCCGCUCAUCACUCUACUAAUCCAUCCCUCACCACCCAUCUACCGUCCCAACCCGCAAGCGGAAAUGAUUAAAUCCCUUCCGCUAAUCACCCUCCAAGCUUUCUUAACCCCCCACCGCUCAAGAACUUGGGCCGAUCUUGGGAGGGCAUGGAACGGCGCGGCAUGGCAUGGCAUGGCAUGGCGAGUCAAUCUCUCUGUCCAAGGAGACUUGCUCUCUGUUCUUUCGUUUUAUGAAUAUAAAAACACUAAUCAUAUUCUC